CUGGGAGUGAGACUGCGAGGAUAAGCGGGAGUAUGAGCAUCGCUGUAUAACACUGUAGAGGUUUUUCAUGUUGCUUGGCAUCUCCGAGCGGGAUUAACUCUAAGGUCUUGCACCUCAUUUUUUUUUUUAUAAAUAUAUAUCCUUUUUAUUUUAUGCUUUUUUUGUGCAUGUACCUGAUGGAGCUGCGUGAGGUUGAAUCAUGACGGGACACGAGUGUCUCCUGCGUUCACCUCGUCGGCACCUUCACCUUCACAGGUAGCCCGGUAAAAACAAGGAGAAAGACGGUUUUCUCGGGACAUUUACGGGAGAUCACUAUUCAUUUAUUUAUAUAUCUAGGUGUGCAUAUAUACACUGGAUCCGUACUUAUAAGAGGCAGCACAGACCUCUGAUAACCUUGCUCUGGCUGCCGGGAGAGCCGGGCUGAUCAAUCCUUGUUAUUCUCUGUCCAUCCCUGAAGUUAAAUUGGGAGAAAGGAACUGCGACACUGGCUAUGCAACCUCGCAUUAACCCCAGUUUUUGCGCUUUGCAGUUUUUACUCCAAAUAUCAUAGGUCUGAUCACUCCUACAAGGUUUUUCUUUUUUUCUUUCUCUCUCUCUCUCUCUUCUCUGGAACAAAACGCCUAUCAGCAGAGAGGGGUCUCUUUACCUGAACAAACUUGCAUAUGGCACCAAGGGAUGAGAAGACUAUGAGCUAACACACUCCAGUUUUUUUUCUGCUUGCUGCAACGGAUUUGGGGUGUUUAUUUGGACGAUAAGUGUUGACGCUGCACAGAAGCAAAUUGUCAAAUUGCAAAGCCUGGAGAAAAAUUAAAAUUGUCAUGGAUCUGAAAGACUAUUACCUGUUGGGUGCUCUGCUUGCCUGCAUAUGGCUUGAUCCUUCCAUUGCUCAAGAAUUAAUAUAUCCCAUCAGGGAGGAAUUGCAAGAAAAUGUCCUCAUUGGAAAUAUACCAAAGGACCUCAACAUUUCCCAUACAAAUGCUGCCACUGGAGCAAGUGCUAAUCUUGUGUACCGACUGGUUUCCAAAGCUGGAGACAACCCACUGGUUCGUGUUCUGAGCAACACUGGAGAGAUAUUCACAACAUCAAACAGAAUAGACAGAGAGAAGUUGUGCCCUGGACUCUCAUUUGAGGACAGCGAGUGCUCCUUUGAAAUUGAAGUGGUCAUCCUGCCUAAUGAUUAUUUCAGACUGAUUAAGAUAAAAAUAAUUGUCAAAGAUACAAAUGAUAAUGCCCCCAUGUUCCCAUCCCCUGUGAUCAACAUCUCCAUCCCAGAAAACACUCUUAUUAACAGCCGCUUUGCUAUUCCUUCUGCCACUGACCCAGACACUGGCCCCAACAGUGUCCACAAAUACGAGCUGAUCAAUGGGCAAAGUGCCUUCGGUUUAGACAUUGUGGAGACGCCUGAGGGGGAGAAGUGGCCCCAGCUUAUUGUGCAGCAGAAUCUUGACCGGGAGCAGAAGGAUACUUAUGUGAUGAAAAUUAAAGUAGAGGAUGGAGGGAGCCCACAGAAAUCCAGCACUGCCAUUCUUCAGGUCACUGUAACAGAUGUCAAUGAUAACAAGCCGGUGUUCAAAGAGAGUCAGAUAGAGGUGCAUAUACCUGAGAACUCCCCCAUAGGCACAUCUGUUGUGCAGCUCCAGGCUACAGAUGCAGACAUAGGGGCAAAUGCAGACAUACAUUAUGUAUUUGGAACUCAAGUGUCUCCUGCAACUAAAAGACUUUUUGCAUUAAAUGCAACAUCUGGCUUAAUUACAGUGCAGAGACCUCUGGACAGGGAGGAAACUGCCAUUCACAAGCUUUCUGUUUUGGCCAGUGAUGGCAGCUCAAGUCCUGCCAAAGCUACUGUUUCUAUAAAUGUGACUGAUGUUAAUGACAAUCCACCUAAUAUAGACCUCAGAUACAUCAUCAGUCCCAUUAACGGCACUGUUUUCCUCUCAGAGAAGGAUCCCAUCAAUACUAAGAUUGCUCUCAUCACAGUUUCAGACAAAGACACUGACAUAAAUGGCAAGGUCAUUUGUUUCAUAGAGAAGGAUGUACCUUUCCAUCUGAAAGCUGUGUAUGACAACCAGUAUCUGCUAGAAACAUCUGCUCUGCUUGACUAUGAGGGGACGAAGGAAUACAACUUUAAAAUAGUUGCAUCAGAUUCUGGAAAGCCGAGUUUGAAUCAGACAGCCUUGGUGAGAGUGAGGCUGGAAGAUGAGAAUGACAACCAACCUAUUUUUACUCAGCCAGUCAUUGAGCUGGCCAUCAUGGAAAACAACAAACGCGACCUGUUCCUCACUACCCUUACAGCUACAGAUGAGGACAGUGGCAAGAAUGCAGAAAUAGUCUAUCAGCUGGGACCAAAUGCAUCAUUUUUUGAUCUGGAUCGCAAAACUGGAGUCCUAACUGCAUCUAGGGUUUUUGAUAGGGAGGAUCAGGACAGAUUCCUCUUCACUGUAACGGCAAGAGAUAAUGGGACCCCCCCUUUGCAAACACAGGCAGCUGUUAUUGUAACUGUGCUGGAUGAAAAUGAUAACAACCCAAAAUUCACACAUAACCACUUUCAGUUCUUUGUGUCAGAGAAUCUGCCUAAAUACAGCACAGUAGGGGUGAUUACUGUGACAGAUUCAGAUGCUGGAGAAAAUGCUGCUGUCUCUCUUUCUAUACUGAAUGACAAUGAGAACUUUAUACUAGAUCCAUACUCUGGAGUGAUAAAAUCUAAUGUGUCAUUUGACAGGGAGCAACAGAGCUCCUAUACUUUUGAUGUUAAGGCUGUGGACAGUGGCAGACCUCCUUGCUCCUCUGCUGCAAAGGUGACCAUCAAUGUCAUUGAUGUCAAUGACAACACACCAAUUGUCAUCUACCCGCCCUCUAACACCUCUUUCAAGCUUGUCCCUCUGUCCUCUAUUCCGGGAUCUGUGGUAGCUGAGGUGUUUGCUGUUGAUGGGGACACAGGAAUGAACGCUGAACUGAAAUACACCAUUGUGAGUGGGAAUAACAAAGGUUUAUUCAGAAUUGACCCUGUGACAGGAAACAUUACGCUGGAAGAAAAGCCUGCAGUAACGGACAUAGGCUUGCACAGAUUAGUAGUCAAUAUCAGUGACCUGGGGUAUCCAAAAUCACUCCAUACCCUGGUGCUAGUGUUUUUGUAUGUCAAUGACACUGUGGGCAAUUCAACACUCAUUUAUGAUCUCAUUCGGCGCACCAUGGAGACCCCGAUAGACAGAAACAUUGGUGAAAGCAGUGAAACUUAUCAAAAUGGUGACUAUUUAACUAUAAUGAUAGCCUUUGUUACCGGUGCAUUGGUGGUGAUUAUUGUCAUCUUUGUGACUGUGCUGCUGCGAUGCCGCCAUGCGUCCAGAUUUAAAGCUGCACAAAGAAAAAAGCAAGGGGCUGAGUGGAUGUCACCCAACACAGAAAACAAGCAAAACAAAAAGAAAAAGCGUAAGAAACGAAAGUCCCCCAAAAGCUCCUUGCUCAACUUUGUCACCAUCGAGGGAAACAAACCAGAUGAUCCUGCGCAUGAACCGAUCAACGGAACCAUCAGUCUGCCCACUGAGCUGGAAGAACAAGGAAUUGGACGGUUUGAUUGGAAUGCCACACCUACUACCACAUUCAAACCAAGCAGCCCCGACCUGGCUCGACACUACAAGUCAGCCUCGCCACAAUCGGCCUUCCACCUCAAGGCCGACACACCUGUCUCAGUCAAGAAGCAUCAUGUGAUUCAGGAACUCCCACUGGAUAACACAUUUGUUGGGGGCUGUGACACCCUUUCCAAGAGAUCCUCCACGAGCUCCGACCACUUCAGUGCCUCAGAGAGCAGCUCCCAAGGAGGGUUCAAAACGAAGGGGCCCAUGCACACCAGACAGCAGGGAACAUUAACUCGUGCCCGAACUGAGCUGAAUCCUGAAUAUCUGGAUCUCCGUCCCCGAGCAGAGCUGAAUCCUGAAUAUUGGACCCCUUGCACCCCUUUAUCACAGCGGCGCGUCACGUUUCACCUGCCGGAUGGUUCUCAGGAAAGCUGCAGUGACAGCGGUUUGGGGGACCACGAGCCUGUAGGCAGUGGCUCUCUCCUCACACAUCCUCUCCCUCUGGUGCAGGCGCAGGAUGACUUCUACGAGCAGGCCUCCCCAGAUAAGAGGACUGAAGCCGACGGCAACUCAGAUCCCAACUCCGAUGGACCCCUGGGACCACGUGGGCUUGUGGAAGCUACAGAGAUGUGCACACAGGAGUGCCUUGUCCUCGGACAUUCAGACAACUGUUGGAUGCCUCCCACGUUAGGAUCAUACCAGCAGCCUAAGUCGCCUGUGUCCAGCUUUGGCUCUCAGCGGGAAUGGGGUCAGAAGGACAAACUUCUCAAUGGACACACUCUGUCAAGAACCUGGAAAAAUGAAAGUGGACGGUCAGAGCAUUUUGGCGACAGGAAGCAGUUUGGGAGUGGGGAAGGACAUUUCACCUGCAGCAGCAGAGCUGACAUUCCUUUGGUGAGUCUGAAGUCUUGCCAAUCAGCAUCCUGCCCAGACAGUCCAAAAGACCAGCAGCUAUAAAAGAGACUUUCCUUUGCUGCUACAAAUCUUUAAGUUUGGACAAACUAAGCAGGUGAGGUCUCUCAUCUGGCUUCACCGUGAAUUUCAUUGGUUUAUUUGUUGUCUCAAUUUUUCCAACUUAAGUUGAUGCUUCUGCAGUCUAAUAACCACAUGUAUUGUGUAGGAUACAAAAUAGUGCUAAUGCGAGUUCUCCACAUAAAAAUGGUUCUACUACUCCACAAUAAGCCUUUUUUGCCAGGAUUCUCCCCAAAUAACCUUUUCCGUCCACUUCUUUUGGGGACACUGAAUGAAGGACUUACAUAAAACUGAAAAAGAGGGAAAAAAACAACUGGCAGGCCAAUAUAUACAAAUAUUUGUGGUGUGAUGUUAUUGAGCUGUUUGGGACUAUAUUAAUCAACACAAUCAAAGAAAAAUGUGAUUAUGUUUCAAGAAAAUGUUGUUCUUAUAUCACUUGUUUGUGGACACUUGCUUAUUCUGUCAUUGUCUCUGUGUUUGUAAAUAAUACUUAUUAACCCCAACCAUGUACCUGUAAUAUUCACAGUUAGUAGGACAGUUUUUGGCAGUUCUUUUGUCAUCAAAAUUAGUUCAUCAGGAUUUGAGAAUUUCAGCUGGACAAAGAUCUAAAAUAUGACAUUUUGUCCAAAAGGAAAGCAUCCAUCUCAAAUUUUGUUUCUCUUGAUUUUAAUUAAAAAAAAGAAACUCUAGACACAUAAUUUAUUGUCACCUUAUCAAUUCUAUUCAAGUGCUGCAAAACCUGAAAGGUAAAUCUGUUUUAAUUUCUUCUUAGAAAAACAAAAGAAACAAAAAAAAAAAGCUUUAUGAAGGAUGUCAGUGCUCAACAUGUGCAUUACAAAGCAGAAAAGCUCCAAAAGCUCUCUGAUUUUGAAAGUGUUUAGUAAACAUAAAUAGCAAUAUAUUUGUAAAUCGCUAAAUGUUUUAACUAAGGAUGAUCUUAUUGUAUAGAUUUUCUUCAAUUUGUGAUUUCACUGAGAGCAAUAUCUCAGUAGUACCUGCAAUCUAUUGACCUAUUUAUGUAAAUAUACAUAUAUAUGUAUUAUUUCCACAGACUAUUAUUUUCCAUACAUAAGAAGGACACAGGUUAUGAUAACACUUUAAUCACUGUGCCUUCAUAAUGUUUCUUCAAACACUUAAAUGUUCUAUUUAAAUGACAUGUUGGCAACAGAAAAUGUCCAGUCUGAAAAUUAAAUGCCUUAUGCAUUAAGUGUUUGCCAAAUUUAAGGAAAUAACCACACUAAUUUAAAAGUGUAAGCUCAAAGUCACCAAACAAGGACAAAAAAAAAGGCAUGGACAGUCUGUGUGUCAAUCAUGAAAGAUUAAUUUUCAUUUCACCAUCUGAAAAGGUUGGUUUUCACAGCAUGGGCGGCAAAUACACAACGGAAAAGCAUGCAAAAAGAUAUAACUUGUACAAUUUUUCAUUUUUGUCUUUCCUUUUACUAUUUGAGAUUGGGGUGAUGGGUAGAGUUGAUUUUGUGCAUUAAGAGUAAUUCUGUUUGUAAAGCACUUUCACGUUUAUGUCACAAUAUGAAACUAUUAAGUGGGAUGGAGUGAUUUGCUUAUUGCAGUAUGUUUAUUAGUUGUGAGGGUGUUUACCAUCACCCAUACAGAAACAGUUAAUCCUUGUUACUUCACAGGUAUACAGCUAAUGCAAUAAAUGUUUUAAUUAUGUGUAUGCUUUUUUUGCGUACAAAAUGACAACAUCAGGAAAUCUGUGUCCUUUUUGUGAAUAAAUA